AUGUCCGACACGCAUCGCCUCGCGACGCGCGAUGGGCGCCUAGCCGUGACGGUGCUCCGCUAUGGCCUCACCAUCCAGUCCAUCGAGGUCAGGGCGCAUGGCCACAUUCACGACGUGAUGGCAGGACCCGAAGACCCAUGCGUGCAUCGGACGCACGGCCGGCAGUUUUUUGGUCCGGUCAUUGGCCGCUAUGCGAACCGGCUGCCGGCCGGGCUCAGCCAGACGGGCCCCGUUGCGGUGCGUCUCGAAGAGUGGGGCGGUGCAGAAAUCCACCACCAUGGUGGCCCACCGCCGGCCGCCGCGCCGACCGAGGGCGUGGAGCAGCGGGGCCCGUGGGACUGUGUCUUGUGGACGCCGGUCGACGAGCCACAGCUCUUUGACGCACAGGCGCUCCGUGCGUGGGACGCCGUGGGUGUGUGGGCCAUCGAGUCGCCAGAUGGCGAUCAGGGCUACCCUGGGCGUCUGCGCGUCGAGGCGUGCGUGGGCGUGUGUGCGGUGCCGGCGCGCAUUGGCGACGUGCACGUCGAGUACCGCGCGCGGCUCAUGGACGCUACGGACGCAACGCCACUGAACAUGACGCAGCAUUGGGGCUUUUACUUGGGCUCGCGCGAUGGCAGCGUUCUGGAUCAUACGCUGCAGCUGGGGCCCCGCGGAGCGCCACUUGAGCGUCUCGCGCUGGACGCGCGCGGCGUGCCGACAGGCGAGCUGAUCCCGUGCACGGACGCGGCGCACGACUGGCGCACCGGCAAGCGAAUCGGUGCGUCUAUGCCGCCAGGCGGCUAUGACCACUUUUACGUGUGGGGCCCAAGCGCAGCAUGCGUAGCUCGUAUGCAAGGUGCCUGUGGCGUGACGAUGGACGUGACGACGAACCAGACGGGGGUGCAGCUGUAUACGGCCAACGCGGCGUCGCCCCUCGACGGGACGGCGAAGCGUGCGCACCGCGAGGGUGCGGCGUAUGGGCCCCACUGUGCGGCCUUUCUCGAGUUUUCGGCGCCGCACGCCACGUUCCUGCGUGCGCCGCUGGCGCGCCGCGUUGGGACCGACACGCUCCUGCGCCGCGGAGAGACGUACCGCCACGUGGUAGCAUUGGCCUUGGAUGAGGUGGGAGAAGUGGGUGAUGCAUAG